GGUGUCUAUAAGAAUGGAAGCACUGUUUCCUUGCCAGAUUCCUUCAUGCUGUAUCUCGUGAACCUUUGUAAUCUUGGGGAGGAGCCUGUAUUGAAUGAUGACAAACCUGUCACCAGUGUAGCAACAACAGUGUGAGAGCAAAAACAAAUAAAAAUUAAGAAGCGUUCAAAUUUACAUUCAACAAGGAAGUCAUUUCAAUCAACAACUUCUGCUGCAUUAUUUUUCCAAGAUGAACCGAUACACAACCAUGAGACAGUUGGGGGACGGCACGUAUGGGAGUGUGCUUAUGGGCAAGAGUAAUGAAUCCGGGGAGCUGGUGGCCAUCAAAAGGAUGAAGAGAAAGUUCUAUUCUUGGGAUGAGUGCAUGAACUUGAGAGAAGUUAAGUCUCUGAAGAAACUUAAUCAUGCCAAUGUUAUUAAAUUGAAAGAAGUUAUCAGAGAAAAUGACCAUCUUUAUUUUAUAUUUGAAUAUAUGAAAGAAAACCUCUAUCAAUUAAUGAAAGACAGAAACAAGUUGUUCCCUGAGUCAGUCAUCAGAAAUAUUAUGUAUCAAAUAUUGCAAGGGCUGGCUUUUAUCCAUAAACAUGGUUUUUUUCAUAGGGACAUGAAACCAGAAAACUUGCUUUGUAUGGGCCCAGAGCUUGUGAAAAUUGCUGAUUUUGGACUUGCGAGAGAAUUAAGGUCCCAGCCACCGUACACUGAUUAUGUCUCUACCAGAUGGUAUCGUGCCCCUGAGGUUUUACUGAGAUCUUCAGUUUAUAGUUCUCCCAUUGAUGUGUGGGCUGUUGGAAGCAUCAUGGCUGAACUCUAUAUGUUAAGGCCACUUUUCCCAGGGACAAGUGAGGUCGAUGAAAUCUUUAAAAUUUGCCAAGUUUUAGGGACUCCCAAAAAAAGUGACUGGCCAGAAGGAUACCAGCUGGCAUCCUCUAUGAACUUCCGUUUUCCCCAGUGUGUUCCUAUAAACUUAAAAACUCUUAUUCCCAAUGCCAGUAAUGAAGCUAUUCAGCUCAUGACCGAAAUGUUGAAUUGGGAUCCAAAGAAAAGACCAACAGCAAGCCAGGCAUUGAAACACCCAUAUUUUCAAGUUGGUCAGGUAUUAGGUCCUUCCUCAAAUCAUCUGGAAUCAAAACAGUCUUUAAAUAAGCAACUGCAACCGUUAGAAUCAAAGCCAUCUUUAGUUGAAGUAGAGCCUAAGCCUCUGCCGGAUAUAAUUGAUCAGACUGUUGGACAACCCCAGCCAAAAACUAGCCAGCAGCCACUGCAGCCCAUUCAGCCACCACAGAACCUGAGCGUCCAGCAACCUCCAAAGCAACAGAGUCAGCAGAAACCGCCACAAACACUAUUCCCGAGCAUCAUCAAAAAUGUGCCAACCAAGCCAAAUGGCACACUGAGUCAUAAAAGUGGUAGGAGGCGUUGGGGUCAGACUGUCUUCAAGUCUGGAGAUAGCUGGGAAGAGUUGGAGGACUAUGAUUUCGGAGCCUCCCAUUCCAAGAAGCCAAGCAUGGGUGUUUUUAAAGAAAAAAGGAAAAAAGAUUCUCCAUUUCGGCUUCCAGAGCCAGUACCCUCAGGCGCCAACCACUCGACAGGCGAAAACAAGAGCUUACCUGCGGUUAUUUCCCUAAAAUCGGAUUCCGAAUUGUCAACUGCUCCAACCUCUAAACAGUACUACUUGAAACAAUCAAGAUAUCUUCCAGGUGUGAAUCCCAAGAACGUGUCCUUGAUGGCCAGUGGAAAGGAAAUAAGCCCCCACACUUGGAGCAACCAGUUAUUCCCCAAGUCACUGGGACCCGUCGGGGCAGAAGUCGCUUUCAAAAGGAGCAGUGCAGAAGAAAGCAUAAUUAAACCAAUCGAAAAACUAUCAUGCAAUGAAACUUUUCCUGAAAAAUUAGAGGACCUACAAGGAAAUCUUGGAAGCUAUGCUACUUACAAUCAGUCAGGAUAUAUUCCUUCCUUUCUCAAAAAAGAAGUGCAGUCAGCUGGCCAGAGGAUCCACUUAGCACCUCUCAAUGCAACGGCUUCAGAAUAUACCUGGAACACAAAAACUGGUCGGGGGCAGUUUUCAGGACGUACUUACAAUCCUACAGCAAAAAACCUAAAUAUUGUGAACCGUGCACAGCCCAUUCCCUCAGUGCACGGGAGGACAGACUGGGUGGCCAAGUACGGAGGCCACCGGUAGGAGUCUGUGGUGUGAAACCCCACAGCAUUGCUCCGUAGAGUACGUGCAAGUUCCUUGACCCUGGGAAAUGUCUACAGAUGUCUAUUUCUACUGAGUUCUGGAAGAAAUGUGCAAAAGUGGGUACUUGGAAGAGCAAAAAUCAUCCCCUAUUUUAUUUAUUUCCAAGAAAUGCAUUUUCUUAGAAUCAUUGCCCACAGUGUUGAUAUAUGGGUAGGAUGUUACAAAGUAUUGAAUAAACUAUUUGCCAAAGUAUGAAGUAUUUGAUCUACAAUUUAAUAAAUAGUAAAUCCAAUAAGAACUCUUAAAAAACAAAAACAAAAAACAAAAAAAAAAUUUCCAGAAAAUGUUUAGAGUGUUUUAGUUUUCAUUUGUUGUAUGUACCCAAAUGGUUUAGUAGUUCUUCACUUUGCUGUGAUUGGCUCAAGAGGUUUGUCUUUUGUUUCUGCACAGCAGUUGGGCCAACCUCUGCUGGCUGUCAGCUGUGGUUCUUAUUUGGCUAAGGCUCUGUGCUGCCAUUUUGUCAAUGACAGAAAGAUUGCAAUAAUUUGUUUUUCUUCUUUGAAGCUAUGGGAGCGAUGGUAAGUUCAAUCUUGAGCAGGAUGUCUUUUUUUUUUUUUUUUUUUUUUUUAUGAGGCGAUGUUUCACUCUUGUCCAAGCUAGAGUGCAGUAGCACCAUCUUGGCCUACUACAACCUCUACCUCCUGGGUUCAAGUGAUUUUCCUGCCUCAGCCUCCCGAGUAGCUGGGAUUAGAGGCGUGCACCACCACGCCCAGCUAAUUUUUGUAGUAUUAGGAGAGACAGGGUUUCACCAUGUUGGUCAGGUUCAGGCUUGUCUCAAACGAGUCAGGUGAUCCACCUGCCUCGGCCUCCCAAAGUGUGGGGAUUACAGGUGUGAGCCACAGUGCUCAGCUUUUUUUUUUUUUUUUUAAGAAAUAAAUGUAUCUUUAACAUAGAGAGUAUCAAAGUUAUGCCACCUGGUUUUAGUAGACCGCCUGUAUUUUGAUCCUGACAGUACAGCUUCUAUGAAUUCAAGGUGACUGUCAAACCCGAUGGCUUGAUGACUUCGAUAUUAACCAAGUCAAGGUUCUCUUGGUUUGACAUCAUUAAUAAAGUUUUGGAAACUGUGUUUGAUGCUGGUUCAUUGGACUCUUCAAACUGCUUUGUUUCUGUGUCCCUACCAGACAAAAAGAUGAAGCGUGCCAGCUGGUUCCCCCAAGCCAACUCAUGCUGCUGACCACUGACUCAGCUCUGACGUUCACAUUCCUCUAAAGCAAGUGCGUUCAGCUGCUGGGGCAGUGAUAUCACAUAGUACACAUAUUAUUGUCUUAGUUUAUUUCCAAACUGGUAUUUUAAAUAGACACUUUGAACUUUGGGCUACUUUGUUUAAACUUGCCCCUUUCUGGGCUGGACCUUAGUACUGUAAAUUCUUUUUAAAGAAUAAUAAUGUUAUCAACUGAGAUUUUUAUGUAUUUUGUGACUUUUGUAACAACUGCUAUUGUAAUAGGUGUCAUCUUGUGGGCAUUAUCCAAGGCAUAUUAUAAAAUAAUAAUAAUGAUAUUUUUGUAUAGAAGAUUCAACUGUUCAGAUGUAAAAUGCUGAAAACUGUUAAAAUCUAAAGAGUAAUUUAUCCUAGGGGUAAUGGUUAUAUGUAUUUGUACAGUUUAAUGUCUCAAAGCUGUGCAGUCUUUUGUGUUACUGGGAAACUUUUAAACUCUGAAUAGACAUUAAAAUAAAUAUGG